CUUAAUGGUAACAUGCUUUCAACCCUCUAUGGUAUUAUUUUGAUUCUGGUAACACUGUGAAUUGUCAACAUUAAACAACUGUCAAAUGUUAAAUUUGUUGUCUAUGCCUUUUUCUGAAUAAAAUUUCUCUUGAGAGUAAAAAUGGGUCGUUAUUCUCGAGAGCCGGAUAACCCUGCUAAAUCAUGCAAGGCGCGCGGCUCAAACCUCCGCGUUCACUUCAAGAACACAUAUGAGACAGCGAUGGCAAUCAAGAAGUUGCCACUCCGCAGGGCUGUCCGUUAUCUUAAGAAUGUAGUUGACAAGAAAGAAUGCAUACCAUUCCGUCGCUUCAAUGGUGGAGUAGGCAGAUGUGCACAGGCAAAGCAGUUUGGCACAACACAGGGUCGUUGGCCCAAGAAAUCUGCAGAGUUCCUGCUGCAACUUUUAAGGAAUGCUGAAUCUAAUGCGGACUACAAAGGCUUAGAUGUUGACAGGCUUGUCAUUGAUCACAUACAGGUAAACCGUGCUCCAUGCCUCCGCAGACGUACUUACCGUGCCCACGGUCGCAUCAACCCUUACAUGUCAUCCCCCUGUCACAUUGAAGUGUGCCUUAGUGAGCGUGAGGACACAGUCGCGAGAGCCGCGCCUGCUGAUGACGCACCCGCUAAGAAGAAGCUUUCCAAGAAGAAGCUCGCUCGCCAGAAGGAGAAGAUGAUGAGGGAAUAGACGUUUAGGGGUUAAUAAAGGACUUUCAAAAAGUA